UGGGAGUGGUUGGUUUGACUGCCCUCCACUUGACUGCCCUGGACUUUCCCAAAAACUCGAAGUCAGGCUGGGAGGGAUGGACCAAAGCCAGAAAACAGCAGCUCUCACAUUUACAGUCUGAUUUCCUCCUUUCCUGGAAAUGGGGUAAGAAUAAAAGGAGUGAUGAGGGCAAAAGCCGAACGCUUUCAGUUUUGAUUGAGCAGCUCUCUGAAACAAAGUUCAUUCCAGAAGUUGGGGGAAACGCCUGCUCCACCUCAUCCUCACACGGCCAUACACACAGACAAAGAUUGCCGAGGAGAGAGGAGUCAGAGAGACUUAACUAGCUUCUGUUCCCAUGCUUCUCCCUUGCUCUUCCCAAGAACCAUGCCAUCUACAUUUGAGUGCGCUGCCAAAACCAUCGUCAAAGAGCUGAGCAAAAAUGGGGAGCUGAUCCCUGUGGAAAGCCUCAAGAGCUCCACCCACUUCAAUCCCUACUAUCUGGUCAGGAGGAAGACCAAAAGCUCCUGGUUUUGGAGGCCACAGUAUGUUUGGCUCAAUUUGACUCUCAAGGACAUUCUGGAUCCCAGCUCCCCAGUACCAGAAGUGAUCCAGGAUGGACCAUUCCACUUUAAUGAUGAAGUAGAUGGGAAGGUGUCUGGCAGUGUGGAGGUGACUGCCUCUAUGCAGGGCAGGAUUUCAGGACAGACUUCAAACAGAACAGACCUGGAGGUCAAGAUUCUCAUGGUGCCCCUUCACACGUGGGACUGCUUACGAAAAGAAAGGACACUGAAGAAACCAGAGCCCUCUAUCUUUCAGGAGCUUCGGAAACGGAACGAGGACAUCUAUGUUGUCACAGAAGCUGUCAAGACUCAGAAAGAAGCUGUUUUGAAGAGGUCCAGAAAUACAGAAGGCUUUGGGAAGUUCACCAUUCCUGGGGCCUCGUGUUUUCAGGGUCAGGGAGAGGGUCACUUAAACACAGUGAAGACAGUAACUGUCCCUGAGGGCAGCAUACUUGCUUUCCAAGUUGCCAAGUUGAUUAUCCGGAACCACUGGAAUGUUCUUUUACUUCCAGACAAGAAGCAGAAAACCUUCCCAGAGGAAAGAGGAGGAUUUACACCCUGCAUUGAAUCAGAUGUCUCCACAGUGAACAUAGCUACAGAAUUUGAGGAACUGCAGGAUGAGGUGAAGGAAGAACGAAGCCUACUGACCAUGCUGGACAAGAAGCUACGGCAGUGUCUGCUUCGGGAUCUUCUGAGACUCCUCCAGAGUGAGCAGGAUCUGCUGGACUUAGAAGGCAUGCUAGAAAAGAGUUUGUUCAGUGGGGUUUCCCUGCCGAAGGCAGAAGGCAUGACAGGCAACAUCCUCAGUAACCUUCAGGACCGGAGUGGAAAACUUGUGGAGGAACUAGCAGGGGCAUUCCUCUAUCUCCUUGGAGCUCUGAGUGCUCUGAGUGAAAUCCAGUAUCAGAUCCUGAUCCAGUUGCUGAAGACAGAGGAAAAGAUUCUGCCUCAGGAAGUAGACCUGGUGAGAGAAAUUCUGAAGAAAAACUUCAAUGAGACCAAGGAGACGACUUUCUCCCUUCCUUCAGAGCUGCUGUCCUUUGCCAAGGACAAGAGGGAGGAAUCCACCCUCAUAUUUGUCCUGUUGGAAGAGUGUGGAUUGGAGAUCUCAGGAAAUAAAUCCCAAUUUACCUGGAACCCCAGUGCUCUGCACUCCCUUUGUGCAGUAUAUGGGAGUCUGGAGAUGCUGCAAGCUCUCUCUAAAGGCUGCUGACCCAGCCCCCUUUCCCUGAUCAUUUGCUGUGUCAAGCUCCUGGAAUCUACCCCCAUUUUUCUAGAUCUGAGGCCCAGCAAACUGUCCCCUGAGUUUGGCAGAGCAUAAUCCUUUGUAUUUGCCCUCUGGAUGCUUCCACCUUCUGGCAGAAUCACACAAUUAUCAUCUUGUUUUGACCAGCAUCAGGGUUCUCUGAGCUCUGACAAGCACCAAACAAGUCCCCAUGUUCUGGACAGAAAGUCCUGCUAUGAAUCAGCCUUGUCUCAUUAUUGCUGUUACCCCUCUUUGUCAGACCUACAGGUCACUGCAUGCCUAUAAAUGUAAGUAUCCAUUCUGCCCACAUAAAAUAGUUCUCCUCACUCCUACAUCUGUCUAGGUUCACCCCUUGACUACAAGCCAUUUUGAAAUUAAAUUUCUAUUUUAUUUCUGACUCUCCUGGCUCCAAUCUGCUGUGUUUGGCUCUAACCAUCCAGAGGUUAUAGGUUAGUUCCAUCCAGCUGGCAGGUACCUCCGCCCCUAAGUCAGCUCCAGAACUAGUGGAUUAGGAGACAGCCCUAUUUCAAAUGAAAUUUGAUCAUGAAAUUUGAAUGUUGGGCCUUCCUCUGUGAUAAGAGUACCCAUUCACACCCAAAAGGAAUCCCCAGUGUGAUGACUAGACAAGUGGUCAUCCAGCCUCCACUUCAAGACCAAAUUGCAGGGAAGCAUCCCAAGGCAACUCAUUUCCCUUUGGGGCCGAUUUGAUUAUUCCCAAGUGUUUGUUUUUCCCCUCACAUCAAGCCUUACUUAAACUACCUAUUUGCAGUCUUUGUCCACUGCUCUCAGAUUUGCUCUUAUAGGUCUAGAACAAGUGUAAUCCCUUCUCUGCAGCUCUAUAAAUAUUUGUACUUAACUGUGAGAUCACAUUUCCUCCACCUGGUGCUCAUACGACAUGGACCCAAGGCCCUUUUUCCCUUGUGAUUGCUCUUCUCUGCAUGUUGUCCAGUUCAUCAGUGCUCUGAACCAGAUGAAAUGUGACCAGAGCAGAGGUGGAACUAUCCCCUCCCUCUUCCUAGAAGUCAGACCCCUCUUGAUGCAGCCCAAGAUGGCUUUGGCUUUUGAAUGGUCUCCUCACUCUACUCAUUGAGCUGGCAGACCAAGAAAACCUGCUGCUCUAUGACCUUGUUUUGAUAUCUCAUAAAGAGGUUAGCUUCCAUCUGGCCAAGGUAAUUUUUAAGUUCUUUUCUUCAGUAUGGUUUUGGACCUGUUUUCCCAAGCUAUUAGUUCUCUUUUCAUAUCUUUCUUUCCCUAGCUCUUGCAUUUUCCCCUAUUUUUUCCUCUAUUGCUCUCAUUUGAUUUUUUUAAAUUACACUUUAACUCUUUAAAAAAAAAAUUAAGAAUUCCUGUCAGAAUAGUAUUCAAGUUGCAUUUUUUUGAGACUUUCUUGAAGAUAUUUUCAAGUCAUUCUCUUCUGCAUUUGACAAAUAUUUCCCUAUCUACAUAAUAAUCCUUUGCAGUAGAAUUCUCUUUUUAGUUUUCUUAUACCAUUAGAUUAUACCAUUAGAUUAGAUCGUGGGCAGGGGAAGUCUCUUUGUAUCCCCAUUGUUUAGCACACUACCUGUCACAUAGUAGGUAUUUUAAAAAUUUUGAUUAUUUAAUAAAAGCUAGAUGACUUAACUUUCAACUCCCAUCUCUUUCAAUUUCAAAAUUAGCUUGUAUCAUCUUUAUAUGAACAAUAAUGUGUGUCUACCUUUUUAGAAUGCAAAGUGCAAGGGCAAAAAUGGUUUUCUUUUUAUCUUUGUAUACCAAUGCUUAGCAAGUGUCCUGGAAUAUAAUAAAAGCUGUUGACGGAUUGUUAGCUUCCCUGGGCAUCAGUUUCCUUAUCUGUAAAAUCAAAGAGUAGACAAGAUUAUUUCUUGGUUUCCUUUCACUGUAAGUCUACGAUCCUUGUUUCAAUUGACAUCAUUUUAAUUUUCUGAGAAACAUAGAGAAUUUGGAUGAAAUAGUAUCAAAAUAAAAUAACUGCUACAAUUCCUAGUUUGUUUUUUCAAAUACAAAGGGGUGAAUUUAGGCCAGAAAAUUAUGCAUUUCAUGAAAUGCCACUGAAGGGAGAGGGAAACUAUUUCUUUUACUGAAGUUGUGUUCCCAUUAAGAAACUAUUUCCUUUUGAUCUGUGAUCCCUUUUGGAAUCUCAGCCCCAUCUGGGGAAGGCAUAUCCCCCCAGAUAAGUUAAUUUUUGGGAAUGUCAGAGCCUUUAAUUUAAUUAGAAAUCCUGGUCAAAAAGCACCCCUUUGAAAUGUUGUUAAUUCUAUUAGGAGAUCUGGGCUGGAAACUGAAAAGCAUCUAAACCUGGGAACCUGAGUCCUGAAGUCUCAAGACUCGUUUAAAAAGGCAGUUUCUGGACUUACUCUUUAUAGCUCAGCUGCUAAGACUCUCUGCUGAGAAGGCAUUCUCAGCACCAGAUUUCAUUUCCUUAAUAGGAUUCUGCCACUAUAGAAGUCACUCUUUUAGUAAACUGGUUUCUAGCCAACAAUAAACUUUCAUUUUGCCAAUUAA